CCUUGCUCCCUUCCUUGAUAAUUUUUACAUGCUGCCUGAGAAGUAAAGUUCGAUAUGGCUGAAGAGGAACUACGUAAAUCAGAGGUUACAACAUCAAGAGAGCUCUUAGGCGUCGGAGAAUCUGGAGGACUUUACAAUAAGUUACUGAUACAUUCAAAGCAUAAAGGAAAAAAUGGAACAACCUCGCCAAUAACCCGAAUGCCUAGAAGUAGUAUCCUUGACAGGGUGCAAAACUUUCUGCCUCAAAUGGCACAGGCCAAUGAAAGCCUCGGCAAGGAAAUGGAGAACAAUCCAGCCAGAUUUUUUGAUAUAGAAAAUGUUGGUGAGAACGAAGAGAAGAUAAUUGAAAUGAAUGUUGCAUUGGUUGAACUGAGCGGUUCUGAUUCCAGUGAAGAUGAGACAGAGACCAGUUCAGAAGAAAGUUCAGAAAGUGAAGAGGAAGUUACUGAAGACAACCUCAAACUAAGGCAUAAAGUAAAGAAAGGCAAAAUCGAAGUCUUGGACAAUUAAGUUAGGAUCAACCUGACAAUCAAGGUUGAUUUGUGUGUUUCCUAAACAGAGCUCUGCAUAUUGAUCCUGUGUGUUGCAAAUUUGUUUUACUGUUAUUCACCUGAGGAAAUCCCUCUAGAAAGUCUCCUAUUGAUAAAUAAAAGGUUAUUUAUCCAAUGGUAGCAAUGAAAAAUCUUUUGUUGCUGUAACGUUGUCCAGUCAAUGAACAAUCCAUCAUUGGGUUGCUGGAUUUCUUCAGUAAGUUUGUACAGUGAUUGGGAAGCACUGGAGGCUGUGGAUCUGUUAAGUUUUCUUGACUCUUUGUAUGGAUGUCACUAUAGGCAAAAGCACUCCUGAUGCAGAGUAGUGGGUUCAGUUUCUAUAUUUCCUGUAAUGCUUUUGUUCCCAUGAAUACAGCGAACACCACAGAUAAUGAAGUAGGCUGAAACCAUUUCAAUUCCUCAUGUAUGUUUUAUACAAGUCUAUUCAAAUCAUGGAAGCCCCGGUUUUCUAUAAUGUUACUUUUAAACCCCUAUCGUGUGUGUGUGUAUAUACACACAUACAUACAAUUUAUUUUAUAUAUGUAUAUGUUUCUGGUAUCUAAGAGAUAUUUGAGGUAGCGCGGUUACUUCUCAAGACAAUUUUUGCUUUGAAUAAAUCCGGUCUAGUGUUUAUGUACGGUUUUAAAGGUAUAUGAAACAAUGCUCCUUUUAGUAGAAAAAGCAUUUUGUUAAAGUAAACUUAAAGAAACUGAUUUACAAACAACUUCACUUGCUUUCUUUGCAUUUCAAAGCAACCCAAAUAUACACCCUUUGAAAGCAAUUUAAACGAGUCCCUGCUCUGAUUAUGCAAUGUAUAGCAUGUAGCUUUAAAUGGGGGUUUGUGUUGGUUGAGACUUAUCUAUGGUUAGGCUUAACAACCUGCUAAGGACUUGCAAAACACAUGUUUACAAAACUUAUUGUACUAUAGUUUAGACAAAGCCCUAACUUUGCUUUAUAGUGCAAUUUUCUUUUUAAAAAAAGUUUAUCAAAUCUAGGUCAGUUUUCCUCCUGAGAGUGUGUAGUUCAUCUUUACUUAGGAUAAAUGCUGUAAAUGGUAGCAAUAAAAUCUUAUGAUGUCCAUAAUUCUAGCUGUCUUAACUUGCCUUGUGCCACUAACAGGGCUCUUUAGUAGCUUUCUGCAUGUUGAAACCUAAAAUAUUUUUUGUUUUUUUUUGCAUGUCCCUUUUUAAGCUAUAUUUUUUUAAGGUCUUACCAUUUCAGAAUUGAAAUGUAUGUAUACUUUUUAUAAAAGUACACUAUGUAAGAUUACUUUAUCAUAUUGUACAGAAUCAAUGGUAUAAACAGGUACAAAUAUAUACGUUUAAAAACAAGGCACAGUUAAAUAAGUAUAAAAUGCUAAUGGUGAGUUUGUGUUUGUUUUUUGUUUUUUCCAAAAGAGAAAAUAUUUCACAGUAAUCUUUGUACCACAGUAACAUAGAAUGUGAAUAAACCAUUUUAAAAAUGUA